GAUGCUGAAAUCCAGUCAAUUGGUAAAGGCAGGCAGCAGAAUAUUAAAUGCUACACCUUUGAGAGCUUCUCAGUUCCCAUGCUCACCAUCUUCCAUGGCUACCUUCUUCAUUCUCUCGCUCGUCAUCGCCCUAAACUUCCUCCCCUUUCAUGGAAACUCUGUCAACUUGGACGUGAACCAUGCCAGACAACUAUCAUGGACCCUUAACGGGGAAGACGACGGAGUCACCAUGGUACAGACUCGACGGCACCAAUCUCAAAAAUCCUGCGAUCUGUCUUCCGGGAAGUGGGUUUAUGAUGAAUCUUACCCUCUUUACGAUUCCAACUGUCCAUAUCUCAGUGAAGCUGUCACCUGCCAAAAGAAUGGAAGGCCAGACUCGGAUUAUGAGAAAUGGAGGUGGCAGCCCCACGAUUGUUCUGUUCCAAGGUUUGAUGCACUUGGAUUUCUGGGGAAGAUGAGGAAGAAGAGAAUCAUGUUGGUGGGUGAUUCCAUAAUGAGGAAUCAAUGGGAGUCUCUGGUGUGUCUGGUUCAGUCAGUGAUUCCAACUGGGCGUAAGAGGGUCACUUAUUCUGGUCCUACCAUGGCUUUCCACGCCUUGGACUUUGGGACAUCCAUUGAAUUCAGUUGGGCACCAUUCCUAGUGGAACUUAAGAAGGAGAUGAGAGGAAACAAGAGAAUUCUUCAUUUGGAUUUGAUUGAAGAGAAUGCUAGAUAUUGGAGAGGAGUUCAUGUUCUUGUCUUUGAUUCUGCUCAUUGGUGGACUCAUUCUGAUAAGUGGAGUUCAUGGGAUUUGAUAAUGGAUGGAAGUAAGGCCUAUAAGAGCAUGAACCCAAUGGUUGCCUAUGAAAGAGGUCUCACAACAUGGGCAAAAUGGGUAGACCUAAAUCUAGACCCUUUAAAAACCAGAGUCAUUUUCCGCAGCAUGUCGCCCAGGCAUAACAGAGAGAAUGGAUGGAAAUGCUACAACCAAACUAAGCCUUUGAUGGGGUCAAACCAUCCUCAAUAUAUGAUCCCACAACAAACACUGGUUCUGAAAGGAUUGUUGGCUAGGAUGCAAUUCCCGGUUUAUUUGCAAGAUGUCACACCAAUGUCGGCCCUACGGAGAGACGGGCAUCCCUCUGUGUAUGCCAAAGCAAUAGGGCGGAGAUAUGUUGAUAAGCAGCACACGAUGGCUGGGUCCUACUCUUCUGAUUGUAGCCAUUGGUGUCUGCCCGGCGUGCCUGAUAGUUGGAAUGAAGCCUUGGCCGUUUUGCUUAGUAAUUAAGAAAGAAAGAAAGAAAGAAGGAUCUUGUGUAGAUAAGAAGGUGGUGAUUGUGCUUCCAUUUGUUAUGAUGAUGAUGUUUUGUUUGAAACUUUAGACUGCUUUUGUUUAUUUAAUGUUGAUGUCGGUUUCUGUUUAGAUAAGAAACAAAGAAACUAUUUGUCUUCAAA